AUGUAUUUCACCAAGAUUGCUGUCGUCCUCUCUAUGGCCGCUUCGGCCUUGGCUGCACCAACCGGCAUCGUCGGCCCUCAGAAGCGUGCUUUGACUUUCCAAACCUACGACAAGUUCCAGAUCAGUGAUGGCACGGCUGGCAACGCCCUUGCGGAAGCCCAGGCUGCCUUUCCUGUUGACUCUGACCUUGCCAAUGUGUCUGCCGCAGAUUUGGCCAUCAUUAAAGCCGCUCGUGAGACCGCUGAGGCCGCUGAGACUGAUGGUUUCAACGCUGCUGUGAAAGCGGCCAGCGGCGAUGCUGCUACUGCACUGCAAAACGGCAAGAUCAAGAACAAGGUUUUGAAGUUGUAUUUGGAGACCACUGCGCUCCAGAUCGAGCAGGCUCAAGGAGACGACACCCAGACCCAGAUCGACGCUGAGCAGAAGAAGCUGGACAACAACAUUGCCUUGGACAAGAAGGCGGCCGGCCAGGCUAGCCAGAGUGUCAGCUUCACUGACGAUGUGCAACCUGACAACUAG